AUGAUGAACACUUCUAAUGGAAUGAUAUCGGCCCCAUCUUCAUCGUCUUCGCCGGCUGCGAAUCCUCAGUCGCCGGGGAUUAAGACUUAUUUCAAGACGCCGGAAGGGAAGUACAAGCUCCACUACGAGAAGACGCAUUCCUCUGGUCUCCUUCACUACGCACAUGGCAAAACGGUUACUCAGGUAACUCUAGCUCAGCUCAAGGAAAGAGCUGCUCCUUCGACUCCAACUGGUACUUCGUCGGGUUACAGUGCUAGUAGCGGAUUCCGAUCAGCAACAGCAAGAUUGCUUGGCACCGGAAAUGGUAACCGUGCGCUUAGUUUCGUCGGAGGUAAUGGAGGGGGCAAAAAUGUGAGCGCAAGUUCGAGAAUUAGUGGCUCCUUCGCUGCUUCUAAUUCCAGCACUUCGAUGACGAAUACAAACUUCGAUGGGAAAGGAACUUACUUGGUCUUCAAUGUCGGCGAUGCUGUUUUUAUUUGUGACUUGAACUCACAAGACAAGGAUCCAGUAAAGUCUAUCCAUUUUAGUAAUUCAAACCCUAUGUGCCAUGCUUUUAAUCCGGAUGCUAAGGAUGGGCAUGAUUUACUUAUUGGGCUGAAUUCUGGGGAUGUGUACACUGUAUCGCUUAGACAGCAGUUACAGGAUGUCUCUAAGAAGCUAGUUGGAGCACUGCAUUAUAAUAAGGACGGCUCUAACAAAGAAGGUGCCACUGAUUCAACAUUUCCUGCUAUAAGAGAUCCUACACAAUUUACAGUUGACAAAGCAAAAUAUAGCAAGAGUAAUCCUGUUGCGAGAUGGCAUAUCUGUCAAGGUUCAAUCAACAGCAUUGCAUUCUCAUAUGAUGGGUCACACUUGGCGACUGUUGGAAGAGAUGGUUAUCUUCGCAUUUUUGACUUCUCAACCCAGAAGCUAGUAUGUGGUGGAAAAAGUUAUUAUGGUGCUCUGCUCUGCUGUUCUUGGAGUAUGGAUGGAAAGUACAUUUUGACUGGAGGUGAAGAUGACUUGGUUCAAGUGUGGAGUAUGGAGGAUCGGAAGGUCGUGGCGUGGGGUGAGGGACAUAAUUCGUGGGUAAGUGGAGUAGCGUUUGAUUCCUAUUGGUCGUCACCGAAUACAGAUGGGUCAGGAGAGCAUGUCAUGUACCGGUUUGGAUCAGUUGGUCAGGACACACAGCUACUUCUCUGGGACCUUGAAAUGGACGAGAUCGUGGUUCCACUAAGGCGACCACCAGGAGGGUCUCCCACUUACAGCACGGGAAGCCAAUCGGCUCACUGGGACAAUGUCAUACCAAUGGGAACUCUUCAACCCGCUCCUUGCAAACGCGAUGUUCCAAAGCUCUCGCCGGUCAUAGCUCACCGUGUUCACACUGAGCCCCUCUCGGGUUUGAUGUUCACACAAGAAUCAGUCGUAACGGCUUGCCGAGAAGGCCAUAUAAAGAUCUGGACAAGGCCCAGUGUAUCAGAAACCCAAUCCAACAGCUCAGAAGCAACUUCUACAAUUGCACUCUUGAGCACAAGCUUCCCCAAAGACAACAAAGCCUCACUGAGCAGCAAGAUCGUUGGUUCUAUUAUUUAG